AUGACAGUGUUAACAACGAGGAAGGCCAUUCCAGCAAAUGGCAAGGGCGCAGUCAUGAACGGGCAGAUCGCAGGUGGAGAUAUUCCUAUAUUUGACACUUCAGAGGUGCGAAUAUUGGGACCAAUUUUACGCGGGGACGAGCCCGUUCUCUUAAAAGCGCACUCUGCUAUCCACAGCAUCGUUAAUCGCAACUUUAGUAGCACCACCCGCAAUCUCUGGUUCACAAAUGUCUCAAGGGCAUACUCGGGUUGCGGCAAGAAAGCUCCUCCACCAGCAAAGUGCCCAAAAGAGCCAGAAAAGCCAGUAGUCUCACCGUGCAAGCAACGAGGCUCCUGCAUUCCUGAAGCCAAAAAGUGUAGUUCUGCGUUGGAGCCAAAAUGUCCGGAGAAACCAGCAUGCCCACCACCUUGUCCACCGCCUUGCCCACCGCCUUGCCCACCGCCUUGUCCAUCGCCUUGUCCACCUCCUAAGCCUCCAUGUUGCCCACCUCCGUCACCUCCCAAACCUUGUCCCCCGAAACCAGCUUGUCCUUCACCGUGUUCUAAACCAGCGCCUAAACCAGCGUGCCCAUCUCCAUGUUCGAAACCAAAAUCAGCACCUGCGAAAUGCCCAGCUCCAUCCAACUGUGCACCAAAACCAGCCUGUCCAUCGCCUUGCCCGAAACCGGAACCUGUGAAAUGUCCAGCUCCACCAAAGUGCGAACCAACUAGCUGCCCGCCACCCCCUCCACCGCCAAAGAAGUGUCAGGAACCUCCAAAAGUCGUGUGCUUUCCGCCCGAGCCUCCAUGCCCAAAACCUUGCAAAGCCAAUACAUGCCCCCCACGAUGUCCCCUCGAUCCACCGAGUGGUCCAAUUCCUCCACGCCAAGAGCCGAGAGCUUGCCCGCCCCCGCCCCCGCCUCCUUGUCCGCCGCCACCGCCUUGUCCACCACAACCAAAAUGUGGAGCUUCACCGAAACCCCCGACAUGCGGCGGCUCGCCAAAGAAGUCAUGCGAAGUACCAGCUCCUUGCAAGCCAGCCUGCCCAAAACCGUCACCGUGUCCAAAACCAAUGCCCGAGUGUGUGCCGCCGAAGAAAAAGCCCAAAUGUCCAACAUGCGGAGGGCCGGUAAAACCAUGUCCGCCACAGCCUGCUCCAUGUGGACAAACAAAGGUUUCGCCGAAGGAGGCACCUUGUAAUUCAAGCAAAUCUAAAGCAGUAGAAAACCCAACGUCUAAGCCUGGUUCCAAGACGAACUCGAAACCUGCAAAAAUUAAAAAGAAAAGUUUCUGGCAGAAGUUGACAAGAAAAAUGUCAACAUAUCACAGCGAUCGAGGUGUACCGUCUGACAAAACAUCUCGAUCACAUUACACAAUUGACUCGCGGAAAUUUGGGCGCAGUGCUUGUCGACGAAACGAUAAGGACGCUGACAAUCAAGAAGUUUGUAAAGUCAGCACAGAAGUGCCCUUCACGAAACCCUGCAACAUGAAGACAAAUGCACUUGGCGAUGGCAAACAAGGAGAAUCGAAUAUUAGCUGCGCGACUUGUUUACCGCCAAACAGAUGUCAGCCGCCAGUUCAACCUCCCGCACAGGAAAAAGAGGCAUACCCGCCAACAGUCUGCUCACUAAAUGAGCCUUGUCCGUCGUAUAACGAUAAAAUUAAUGCGAAACCAAAAUUUGUCUGUCCACCACCGCCAAAAUUACCACAGGCACCAACAUUGCCGGUUGUUCUCUGCUCGUGUCCGCCUCAUCCAAAACUCGAUUCGGGCCCUUGUCCCUGCAUGAAGAAUCAAAUCACCUUCACAGUACCCGUCUAUUUACCACCGUGUACACGCAAAACAAAAUACGUUUGCAAAAAAAGAAUAACUUAUCGUUGUCCGCCCAAAGAAAAGUGUAAGAUGAAGACGUGCGAGGGCAUGGAUUGA